UCUCAGAACAGUGCUCAUUGUUCCCUACAAUGAUAUGUAUCAAUACGACAAAACAAUAUGUCUGUUGUAUUGCCUCAUGACCUGGGAUUAUCUCCUGGUUAUCAGGUGUAUUUUAUUAAGAUGCUGGAUGAGGCGGGCUGGCUGAGUCGGUCCGAGUGCUACCACGGGAUAGGGUGACGGGGUGCCCAGUCGCUCACUGGCUGUUCUUUGGCCAAUACAAAGAGAGGGACAGAGAGAGUGUGAGGAGUGUAAACGACGACGACUGACAGAAGAUGGUGAUCCUGACCGCCAAAAUCAUGCAGAGAACUGCGCUCUUUGUCACAGUCGGGGGUCUGGUCACUACUCUUGUAACCACCUUCAUCCCCCUGUGGAAGACCUUGAACUCGGACCUGAACUAAGCGGAGAACUAGUAGUCAGGCCUGUGGCACACCUGCAUCUUCACAGAGGAGGUUGGGAUAGCCUUUGAAUCCCUCAUGGCCCUGCCUUUGGACUUGCUGGUCUCCAUGGUGCUCAUGCUGUUGUCGGGCACUAGGGCCCUGACCAUGGUGGUGGCCUUCCCAGGCCUGAAGGGAGUGGAGCUGGGCUCUGGGAGGCAGCAGGGUUUGAAGAGGGGCCUCCUCAUUGUCAGCGGUGUGCUGUCCUGGGUGUCGGGGCUCACCACCCUGGCUGUCUCCCUGGUGGCCUACAUGACUGUGGUAGAGUUCUGGGACGAGUACCUGCCCGAUGUGGUUUCAUGCUGGGAGUUUGGAGAGGCCAUGUUCUCUGGCUGGUUCUCGGGCCUCUUCCUGGUCAUUGGAGGCUCCCUCUUCUUUGUGACUGUGUACAUGGCAGACCACAACCUGCAGCAGCGAGUGGCCAGCCUCCCAAACACCCCCCAGGAGAAGCCAAGGGGACAGUACUACUUAAAGACAGGUUUCAUAGUCAAACUUUCAGUUGAUCAAGUUAUCUUUAUUGUCCCAAUUGGGAAAUUUGUUGUGCAGUUGGGGUUCAACAAUAAAAAAUAA